AUGAAGGAACUCUUGGAGUAUUUGAAUCAGAAAAAUGGCAGGAUAUUUUCUAGAAUUGAUUGGGUAUUUGUGAAUGGAGAAUGGAUGGACAACAUGAUAGAUUGUAGAGCUAAAUUCUUGCCAGAAGGGGUGAGUAAUCAUCAGGUAACAUUAAUGCAUCAUUUGAUUAAGAGGAAGAUGGAUUUUAAAUAUUGCAAUGCAUGGAGUGCUCAUCCCCAGUUUCUGGAAAUAGUAGAAGAUGGAUGGAACCAGAACAUUGAAGAAUGGAAAAUGUUUCAAGUUGUGAAAAAACUAAAACAGCAGACCUUGUAUAAGAAAAUUUUCACCAAUAUAGUGACAGUGAUAGCUACUGAUAGAGCAAACUUAUUGAGGAGCCAAGAAUUGCUUCAACAGAAUCCUAUGGAUACAAAGUUACAACAAGAAGAAAGGAUACUAGGGGCAAAGUUCAAGAGGUCCAACUACUUAGCAGAGGUGUUCCUCCAACAGAGGAGCAAGGAUACCUGGAUAAGUUUAGGGGAUGAUAACACUUGGUACUUCAUUUCUGUGAUCAAACACAAGAAAUUAGUACAAGCAGUCACUCGAUUACAUGAUGCAAGUUCAAAACUGCAGAAUGAUUCAUAG